AUGUCGUCUCCAAAGUACGAGAAGCCGGAGGUGGUCUCCAUCUCACCUCUUCUCCAACGUCUGGCCUACCCCGCUACCGCCGAGAUUCGAGUCAGCGCAGAAGACAUUGCGUCUGCAUUUGCGCUGAUCUUUGAGGAUCGAUUGUCGGACAUUCAGACCGCGGCCCUCCUUACCCUACUACACUCCACGGGGAAGGACAGACAGGCUGAUGUCAUUGCCAAAUGCUCCCAUCGCAUGCGAGAGGCAGCUUGCCAGAUUGAGAAACCCGAGUUGAAGAAGGUUGUCAAAGCUCGUGGAAGGCGCGAAGGAAACUACCACGGUGGCCUGUGCGAUAUCGUCGGAACCGGCGGAGAUUCUCACUCAACCUUCAACGUCUCCACUACCUCCUCCAUUAUUGCCUCGCCGCUUUUGAUGACAGCCAAGCAUGGCAACCGUGCCCAGACCUCUUUCUCAGGGUCCGCCGACGUCUUGAAUGCCAUCCAGCCCAUCCCUCCCAAGAUCUCCGCAGUCAACGCGACCAACGUGGCGAAGGUCUACGAGAAGACCAACUAUGCCUUCCUCUUUGCGCCCAACUUCCACCCCGGUAUGAUGUACGCCAACCCCGUCCGACGUGGUCUGGGUCUGAGGACAAUCUUCAACCUGAUGGGACCCCUAGCCAACCCCAUCGACUGGGCUAUCGAGGCACGAGUCGUCGGCGUGGCAUACCAGAGCCUGGGUCCGGUCUUUGUCGAUGCUCUCAAACAGGCCGGUGCCAAGAAGGCACUGGUGGUUUGCGGCGAGGAGGAUAUGGAUGAGAUCAGUUGCGCAGGCCCAACCAACUGCUGGAGGCUUUCAGAGUACCCCAACCCGGCGUAUAAACCAUCCGAAGGUGCCGAGGACGACUCGAGUGACGAUGAAGAGGAGAACCCCAAGACGCUAGUCAAGGUCGACACAUUCCAGCUUCACCCUUCAGACUUUGGUCUCCCCGUUCACCCUCUCACCGAGGUUUAUGGUCGCAAGAUGCCCAAGGACAACGCAGCUAAGCUGAUGAGCAUCCUCCACAACGAGCUUCCUCGGGACGAUCCCAUUCUAGAGUUUGUGCUCAUGAACGUUGCCGCUCUUCUCGUCACCGCCGGUGUUUGCGAGGCUGAGACCUCCAACAUGGGUUCUGGCGAUGAUGGCAAGGUCAUCACCGAGCGUGGGCCCGGCGGUGGCCGCUGGAAGGAGGGAUUGCGCCGCGCACGCUGGGCGAUUGAAAGUGGCGAGGCUCUCAAGAAUCUGGAGCAAUUCAUUGAAGUCACAAAUCAGCUGGAGUAA